AUGUCUGUUCCUAAUGACUAUAAGAGUGCACCCUCAUGGCCUUCACUUUAUUGGCCUUUUCAACCAGGAUAUAACCCAUUAGUCAUGGUAGCAGAUAAAGAGCAUUCAUUGUAUUAUAUAAAUGACAUAUGGAGGUUUACAAUGAUAUGGUCCUUGCUAUUUUCUCUCGUUGUCUAUUUACCAGCAGGUGUUUGGGCAUUCAUGAUGUUUGCAAAGUCACGUACCUUGAAUUGGUACACUUUGAUGAUGAUACCAUUUUUAUUUGUUAUCGGAGGAGCCAUUGCUUCAUUUGUGAUUGGAAGCAUCAUUGGUGUGGCAAUUGCUAUUGUCUAUAACGCAGGAUUCUUUGUUAUGUCAACCUGGAUACCGUUCCUAUGGGCAUUAAUCCAUAUAUUGAUUGUCAUCAUAGGGUCUUAUUCAACCAUUACUGCUAUACUAUAA